AUGCAAUUUUUAACAAUACUUUCACUUGCAACUGCAGCAUUCGCAGCUUCAGUCAAGAGAGAUGUCUUCACAGACAGCUCAAAAUUCAACCAACUCAUUAGCAGCCCAGAAUUAGAGCAAUGUUACCAGAACCAAUGUCUACCAAUUCGUGAGAAGUUACGUAGUGACUGUUUACCUAUCAUCCAAAACACAGAUAUAAACUCAAUUGAUACGGAAUUAGGAUUCGAAUUUGGCAAUUGCGUUUGUGAAGGCUUCGACUUUGCUCAACAAAACCCUGAGUGUGGUGACUGUAUGAAUGAUGCUAUCGACAAUUUGACGAGCGAGCUCGACCAGACUUGCACUGCUAUUCGCUCAGACCCAUCAAAUCCAGAAAAUGAUGACUCAUCAAGCAUUACUAAUAUACCACCAGCUUCACUUUUGGCUUCCUCUUUGUUGGUAGUCGGUAUAAGCUUCAUUUAA